CCGUCUUUAGCAGAAAGUAUACAACGAAACGGACGCGAGUCGCGAGGCAGUUACACCAAAAAUAUAAUACGGAAUUUAUUCUAGUUUUGGAACGUGUAUACUGUAUAGGAUGUAUGUGUGUUACGUGUGAAUGGGAAAUACGAAGGAGUAAUAAAUGGCAUGGCCACAGAAGAUACAACUGCUCUAUCUGUUGAGGAUCAAAGACUGUAACGGUUGACGCGACUUGGAUGAUUUAAGCCUGACCGUGCAAUGCUAUCAACAUACCUCUGGCUGCUGUUAUGCUACGCUCAAUACGCGAAUUCCGAUCUCCUGCAAGACUAUGAAGAGAUUAGCAUCAGCCUCCUAACUCCUCCAGUGGACGCGAUCUCUAUGGCCCUUCCCAAUGACCUGGGCAUAGACGGGAAAUCAGGCUGCCUGUGUCGAGGCAGUAAAAAUAAAGAUGUAAUUGUGUGCUUCGGGAACUACGAAUGCAAGAAAACCCCUUUAGUUAAUUUGCGAACGUCCACGGAGUUAAUUAUAAGAACAACGAUUAUAUCUGAAAUAUUAAUCGGAGAUCUAGAUACGUAUUACAACUUGAAGGUCUUAAGACUCGAUGGUAAUAGUAGACUGCAUAGUUUAGAACCAGGCUUAUUCAGAAACUUAUCUAGUCUGGAACAACUGUCUAUUUCGUAUAAUACUCAACUGCAAUCGAUUCAGGAAGGAACAUUUGAAGGGUUGAUAAAACUCCACAAUCUUACUUUAAUCAAUAAUGGUUUUAAAAACAUUGCUGCGUUAACACCAGCAUUUAAUCCGGCAAUUCUGCCUAAUUUAAAAGCGUUGGAUCUCUCCGAAAAUGCUUUUGGAGAAUUCUCUGAAACCGCUUUUCAUCCCAUGGAGGGAACAUUACUGAAGAAACUUGAUAUUAAUUUAUGCAGGCUGGAUUUUAUUCAUCCGAAUAGUUUUUCAAAGCUUAAAAUGUUGACUGAGCUGCGUAUUGGCGAAAAUGACUUGUACUCACAGACAAUUAUAAAAUUCUUAAUUAGUAUGAAAGAAGAUAACAUUAACCUAUCAUAUCUUGACUUAUCGAGUAUGGGAUUCAGAAAACGACCACCAGAAGAUUUAAUGAAAGUCAUUGCAAAUUCAUCAAUCACGAGACUGAGUUUAGCGGACAACCAAUUCGAAGUUAUUGACGAUAAUGAUUUUCCAUACAUGCCAAACAUAGAGAUUAUGGAUUUAAGAAGAAUUUUGGCCAUGUCAGUCGGACAUGAUGCUUUCCACCCCAGUAAGUUUCCUCGAUUACGAAUACUUUUACUGAGUGGAAAUAAUUUACCUGGCAUUCAUUUGAAGCAUAUAUCUAAUCAACAGCUCCUACUGCUAGAUUUGUCAUCAAACAAGGGAUUAGAUUCGAGACCAAUGUACUACGAAAUUGAUCGAGGAGUUUUUAGUGAAUGCAAGGAGUUGAGAUUCCUUAAUCUAGCAUUUAAUAGAAUGAAACAUAUAUUUAAUCAUACAUUUAUUGGGCUUAGCAACUUGAGAAUCCUCAAUAUGGAGAAUGGUACGAUUUUUCACAUCGGAAACGGAACAUUUAAGCCAAUGAAACACUUGGAGUACCUUAAUUUAAAGAACAAUCCAUUGACUGCAAAUGAAAAUCUGACAAGUGCCAAAUUCGAGGGUUUGAACGAAUUGAAAGUACUCAUAAUGAAGAAUUGUGGUAUAAAACGAUUCAACGACGAUGAUAACAUUUUCGAAAUGAUGCCAAAGUUAUCACAUUUAAUUCUCUCUGAUAACCAAUUAUUUUAUAUCACACCAACUUUAUUAAAACCACUAAAACUUUUAAAAGUUUUGGACUUGAGUGAAAAUUUGUUUGUGUCGUGGUGGCAGCCCCUAUUUUUAGCCUCCGGAGUGCAGCCUAAAAAGUUGUAUCUAAUGAAUAACAAAAUAACGCAUUUCACUUUGAGUAUGAUCGAAGACAUCAACUAUUUAUUAGAAAAGAAUGGCAACGUUACAGUGGAAAUCGAUCUUGCUGAUAAUUUAUUCGUUUGUGACUGCAAUUCAAUGUACAAGACCUACAUGUGGUUACAAGUGAACGGUUCUCUCAUAUUGAAGCAAUACUUUGCCAAUUCUAAUAUAGUAUGCAGCAGCCCUGAUGUUUGGGAAGACCGCAGAGUCGCCGACUAUAUUGCUUCUAUAAAAAGUCUUCGUUGUUUAGUUUACCAAAAUAUUUCCAAUAUGAUGUUGCUAGUUUGGACAGCACCAUCAUUAGUUACAAUUGCUCUCCUUUUAUUCAUAAUAAUAUUAUUGUAUAAAUAUAGAAUUUAUAUAAGAUACUGGUUAUUUUUAGCGAAAGUUGCGUUAGGUCGUAAAUUUAUAAAGAAAUCCCUCCAAGCGAAAGAACCGAAAGGAUACAAAUACGAUGCGUUUGUGUCAUAUUGCAACGACGACAGAGACUUUGUUUUAGAAAUGAUAUCCCAGUUAGAGUCAACACCGCCUUAUUUGAAAUUAUGUAUUUACGAAAGAGAUUUUGAAAUAGGUUCUUUUAUAUCUGAGUCUAUAUUAGGUAGCAUUAAUGAAAGUAGGUAUAUAAUUUUGAUAAUAAGUAAUAGUUUUGCUAAAUCGCAAUGGUGUAGAUGGGAAACGCAUUUGGCUGAAUACCAUAGACUAUUUCUAGACGAUGGUUCGCCUUAUGAUCCCGUCGUGUUGAUAAAAAAAGGUGAGGUCGACAGCAAAUAUCUCACAACUACCUUAAAGUAUUUAUUAAAAACGAAGAUAUAUCACUCGUGGGAUGAAGAAAACCCUGAAGAUUUUUUCAAGAAACUACGAAACGUGUUGGUUAAAAAUAAAUGAUUCGUUAUAA